AUGGAAAGAGCAAGCAUUUGCGCAAGGAUUCCAAGGCAAAAGCUGGAGCUCAGCUUAUUUGAAAUGCAGGUUAACAACAAGGAGAACGACUCACGACUCACCAGGGACAUGGGAGUCCAAAGACAGCAAGGUGUGCAGUCCAAUGGCUGGUCCGUUCAUGUCCCAUCUGAUGUUACUGGUGAACUUGGGAAGAUGGUGAUCCUGCCCUGUACUUUCACACACCCCUACAAAACGUUUGACCGGACCCUCACUGCCAUCUGGAGGAUCAAGGAACCUUACAACGGCACCAUAGUUUUCAAGUGCAUUAGUCAGAGCGCUGGCGAGCUCUGUAAGACUGCCAUCAGCUACAAAAACAAAUACAAACUGCCUGGCAACCCCCAGCACAAGGACCUUUCCAUCAGGAUUGACAAUCUGACCUGGAGCGACAGCGAGAGGUACUUCUGCCGGGUGGAGUUGUCUGGAGACAUCCACGACAAGUAUGAAAGCAGAAAUGGGAUAAAGCUGCAUUUGAUUGCUGCCCCCAGGAUCAUCAACAUCACUGUCAGCUCCAACGGGGAUCGCACCUUCCAGGCACGCUGCACCGCCGAGGGGGAGCCAGCACCCGCUCUGACCUGGACUGGACCAUCCUACAGCAACCUCACCUCCAUCACCAGCAUGAACCAUCGUGUCACCAAAGAGCUCCAGUACCUGACCCACGAUGGAAAAUACACCUGUACCGCUGUCAACAGCCACGGGAGAGCAGAGGGGGCUGUGUACUUCUACAAAUACAAAGCAUCCAACAGCUCCUUCUUCCUGAUCCUGAUCUUUGUGCCGCUAGGAAUUAAAGUGCUCAUUUUGCUGGUGAUACUGGGCUUCACUGUUUUCUCGAGAGGAGGUCCCUCCUCCGUCCCAUCCAGCCUGACCCGGCCACAGCUGCAAGAUUCUACCUACGAGAACUUUGACCGCAGACAUGGCGGCAGCCAGACUUUGCCGACAGAAAGAACAGCAUCGAGACGCAGCUGA